AUGACCAAUUCCGAUGCAGAGGAGCCAUGUGCACGACCACCAAAUAAAAAAUUUAAAAAAAAUCCAAAGAAGACUGCGACAUCGAAUUUUGGAUCCUCUUUGUUUAAAAUAUUAGAAAACCACCAAAAAAUACCAGAAGACCCGGAAAAAUCUUUUUUGUUGUCAUUACUCCCUCAAAUUAAGUCGUUGGACGAAGACCAAAAAAUGUUGAAUUUUUAA